AUGGAAUUGAAAAGUCUGUUCAUAUUGUGCUCUCUGCAAAUUGCAGUGAAUGCGGAGCCUGGCUACGAGCACACCAAUCGGAAUGUUGAGCUCGAGCAUGCGGACAGCAUGAUAGAUGUGGAGGCAGCCGAGUCCGUGGAGCAUGGAGCAACGGGCAAACAGCUGAUAGCAGCUGGCAAGUCCUCGGCUAGAUAUGCUGACUAUGAUUACUAUACGACAGGUCGACGCACAAGCGACAAUGCGCCAGGUGACAACGAUCUGAGCGGCUCUGCAGCGAUACGCACACCUGGCCGGGACCACAACUUGGGCUAUAUACGAAAGUCAGGCGAUGACAGGAUGGCCAACCCAUUGCCCUGGUAUGGACAGUAUACGGGCAAGUCGCUUGCCAUGUAUCCGUCCAGGUCGUAUGACCCGUACAUCAGACGCUACGACAGAUUCGAUGAGCAGUACCAUCGCGCCUAUCCGCCUUAUUAUGAGGACAUGUAUGUGCAUCGGCAGCGCUUCGAUCCCUAUGACAGCUACAGUCCUCGAGUCCCCCAAUAUCCAGAGCCAUAUCUCAUGUAUCCGGACCGUCAGCUGGAUACGCCGCCGCCGACUGACUACAUCAAGUCGAGGCGUGGCUAUCUGGAUGAUCCCAUGACCAUGCCCGUGCUCGACUCCUACAGCAACAAGUACGCCUCGUCCAAGCUGCCGCAACAGCUGUCGUCGCCCCGCAGCCGCAGCGAACGCGUCGUCUACUAUGCCCACCUGCCGGAAAUCGUGCGUACUCCCUACGAUAUGCCCGCCACCCGUACGGAUCGCAAUGUCGCCGCCGUGGCACAGCCCCUGGCCUUUAAGCCCAACAAAAAAAAACUGAAAACCUUGCAACGAGCCGACAAUUCGACCAACUAUAAGCAAAUUUUCUAA